ACCUCAGUAUUCGUUUGACUGUGAUAGAGUGAACACGCAUAUACCUCCUCCUCCCUUCUCACCCCUCCUUACCUCCCUUAGUGUGUGGGUGUGUUGUAUAUUAGAUUCCUACAGUCACCUUCCUCCUCCUCCUCCUCCUCUUCUUCCUCCUCCUUUGCCUCUUCCGACCUCUCAUAAUACAGAGGUUUGCGUGUGUAAUGUGCAUUGGUGUUUACGUUCGUGUUUGUGUGUUCGUAUGUUUGUGUAGUGGAGUGCAGCACCUGGCUUGAUUUUGACACAGGUAGCAUCGGCUGGAGGCAUCAUCACCACUAGCACCACCACCAGCACCACCUCCUCCACUUCAUCACCAACACUACCUCCACCAUCACCACCACCGCCACCACCACCACCAUGGCUUUCUCGGGCUUCGCGGGGCUCAAGAAGCAGUUCAACAAAGCCAACCAGUUUAUGAACGAGAAGAUUGGCGGCGUUGAGGGCACCAAACUCGACCAUGACUUCUUCGAGAUGGAGGCCAAAACCGACGUCAUGUGCGAGCUGGUUGAGGAUCUCCAGCUCAAGACGAAGGAGUUCCUGCACCCCAACCCAGCCUCCCGCGCCAAGAUGUCCGCCGUCAAGGGCAUCGGCAAGCUCUCCGGGCAGGCCAAGGCGUCCACGUACCCACAACCCGAGGGCGUGCUGGGCGAGGCAAUGGUCGGGCACGGGAAGAAGCUAGGAGAGGAGAGUUACUAUGGCUUAGCCCUUACUGAGGCCGGUGAGAGCAUGAAGCAGAUCGCCGACAUCAAAUACAACCUGGAUGACAACAUGAAGAUGAACUUCCUGGAGCCACUGCACCAGCUGGCAAGCAAGGACAUUAAGGAAGUGCAGCAUCAUCGCAAGAAGCUUCAAGGUCGCAGGUUAGACUUCGACUGCAAGAAGAGGAAAAAGGACAAGACCCUUUCCACCUCGCCCAGCGGCAGCCCAGCGCGUAGCCCGGGCUGGGGCGGCGGCUCCCAUGUCACGGACGAUGAGAUCAGGAUGGCUGAGGACAAGUUUGCCGAGUCCCUCCAGCUGGCACAGAUGGGCAUGCACAACCUGCUGGAGAAUGACGUGGAGCAGAUCUCACAGCUGGCCACCUUCGCCGACAACCUGCUGGACUACCACAAACAGUGCACAGAGAUCCUGGAGGUGUUGGUCACCACCCUCAAUGAAAAGAAGAACGAGGCGGCCAGUCAACCGAAGUCAGAGUUUGUGCCGAAGACUCUCUCGGACCUGGGCGUGGCGGACACCUUCAACGGCGGACUGCCCUCAACCAAUGUGACAGCCACCACCCCCCAGCGGUCCCCCUACGACUCUCCUGCUCGGUCUCCGGUCCACACUCCCACGCACACCCCCCAGUACCCAGGCUCCUCCCCCCUGCCCUCCCCCAUGAGCCAAGCCCCGCCCUCGUGGGACCCCCUCUUCCCCCCUGGAGGACCCCCUCGCUCGCCCAAUGCCUCCCCACUCCCAUCGCCCAUGAAGAGUCCUGCGCGCUCGCCAAUGCUCCAGACGCCUGCAGCUGUCGCCCUGUAUGACUUUGAGCCCGAGAACCCUGGAGAACUGGGCUUCAAUGAGGGCGACACGAUCACCCUGACGCAGAAGAUUGACGACAACUGGUUCGAAGGCACCAUCAACGGAAAAACCGGACUCUUCCCGAUCAGCUACGUCAAUGUGACCAACCCUCUGCCCUAAACCAGCCCUCGGCAAGCCCCUUCCAGCCCCAUACACAGCGGCCCCUCCUCCUCCUCUCCUCCUCCUCCUCCUCCUCACCCUAGCCUCACCCCAGCCAGUGAACGCCAAGGGAAUGGAACUGAAGAAGAAAAAUGAAAAAACAAACUCCAGCUACCCAAGUGAGAGAUUGAGAACGGAACAAAACUUGGUAGUGUUACGGACCAGGUUGUGUUGUGUUGUGCUCAGUGACCCGUGUGUUGCUACGAGGAAUUCCCGAGGUUGUCCGUGAGCGUUUGUACUUGCUAUCGUGAAAGUGAGAGUUUGAGGUCGUUUUAGGGAAAGUUCGCCAUUAAGGAAAUUGAGAUUGUUCGUGACCUUUCGUAAAUGCUAUCUUGAAAGUGAGAGUUCGAGGUCAUUUUAGGGAAAGUUCGCUGUUAAGGAAAUUGAGAUUGUUCAUGACCUUUUGUAAAUGCAAUCGUGAAAGUGAGAGUUCGAGGUCGUUUUAGGGAAAGUCCGCUGUUAAGGAAAUUGAGAUUGUUCGUGACCUUUUGUAAAUGCUAUCGUAAGAGUAAGAGUUUGAGGUCGUUUUAGAGAAUGUCCACCAGUGACGAAAAUGAGGUUGUCAGUGACCUUUCGUAAAUGCUAUCGUAAAAGUGAGAGUUCGAAGUUGUUUUAGGAAACGUAUGUCAUUAGUGAGGCACAUGAGAUUUUCUGUGACCUUUUGUAAAUGCCAUCGUAAGGGUAAGAAUUGGCAGGUCAUUAGGAAAUGUCUGCCAGUGACUCAUGAGAUUGUCCACGACCUUUCGUAAAUGCUGUCGUAAAAGUAAGUGUUCGAGGUCAUUUUAGGGCCCAUCCGUCAGUCAAUCAGUCAGUCAAUAGAUCUUAAAUGUGCAGGGAACAAGACAGAUCAUACCUACAAAUAUUUGUGAAGGAAGAGAUCUAUAAGGCACUGUAAGACUCAGAGAAACUUUGAUGGUUUUGAGCAAAGAACUGAGUCUCGACGGAAGAGCGUAAGAUAUUUUAAUUGCCUUGCCAUCGCUAGAAUAAGAUGAGUCACAGCUACAAAUAUUUAUGAAGUGACGAAAAAUGUUCAAACCGUAUUGUAACUCAUACUGAAAAUCGGAAACUCUGAUGAUCGUAACUAAGAAAAGAAUUGGAUCUCGGAGAAAGGGCGUAAGGUAAUCCGGUUCCCUUGCCAUCGGCAGAACAAGCCGAGUCACACUUACAAAUAUUUACAAAGAAAGAAAGAUUAUAAACUGUAUUGUAACUUGUGAUCCAAGACUCUGAUGGUCGUAAUUAAGCAAAGAAUUCGAUCUCAGAGGAAGGGCGUAAGGUUGUCUGGUUCCCUUGACAUCGCCGGAACAAAUAUUUAUAAAGAAAGAAAGAUUAUAAACUGCAUUGUAACUUGUGAUCCGAGACUCUGAUGGUCGUAAUCAAGCAAAGAAUUCGAUCUUAGAGGAAGGGCGUAAGGUAAACCGGUUCCCUUGACAUCGCUGGGACAAGACAAAUCACACCUACAAAUAUUUAUAAGGUGAGAAAUACGUAAAUGGCUUUGUAAUGUGUGAUCCGAGACUUUGAUGGUUGUGACUAAGAUGUGAAUUUGAUCUCAGUGGAAGGAGGUCAUAAGAGCUAAUUUCGCAGUCCAAUACGUUGUCUCACAUUCACUCUCUCUAUCUCUCUUUCCCUCUCUCUCUCUUUUUCUCUCUCUCACAGUCUGGCUAUCACCUAUGAGCCUAACUUACUCACUCUCUCCUCACAACUCUUCCUCCUCCUCCUCCUUCUCCUUCUUCUCUCUCUCCUUGUUGUUUUCGUAACCACUCAAACCACAACAUACAACCAUACAAUCACAACCACAACCGUACAACCCAUUAUGGUGAUGAGGUUUUCUACGUGACAUCUUAUUCCCAAGAGAUAGACUUCCCAUGUACCUCCAGUCUCUUAACUUGAACACCAAACACUGUACAAGCAAUUUUCAAAGUCGUCAAUAUCGGUCUGGAAAGCUUUUUGACCCACCAUGGUAACCUGUGAAAGUGGCCCUUGGUUAGUCUCCUCCACCUUGGGAAGCAUGUGAAAGUAAGGAUUCCCAUGUAUAAUUACUUAAAAUUUCUUAAAUUAUACACAAAACACUGUACAAGCAAUUUUCAGAGUCGUCAAUAUUGGUCUGGAAGGUUUUUUGACCCACCAUUGUGAACUGUGAAAGUGGCCCUUGGUUAGUCUCCUCAACCUUGGGAAGCAUGUGAAAGUAAGGAUGCCGACUGGACUGUUUUAUUGUGUAAUGUGUGGUGUCGAUUGUGCCCCAACUUGUAAGGGCAUGGUAAGGAGGCUGGCGUAGUUCUCCUAUAUAGCAUUGUGGCGGCAUAUCUCAUCCAUCCCAGCUCUUGACAAGGCUUGGGGAUGUACAACAGGUCUCACAGGCUGCCCGUAGAUGACCACAAGCAUUCCCGUAGGCUGUUACGUAGAGGAAUCGUAAAUAAUUGUAAAUUACUCAGCCGUUUUGCUGCUCGAUCCAUGCAUGAUUCUCUAUAAGUUAUCACCGGGCCGCAGUUGACAGUAGCCUCCUGACAGCCACUUGUUGAAUUUUCCAUCGAGACAGACAUGCUAGCCGUAGACAUUGUACAUCGGGUGCUGUGUUACGUAUAGUCAUCGGCCCGGAACAGACAUAGAGGCAGGGAGACCAGACAUAUAGGAGAAGACAUAGGGAGGAAUUGGAUAGCUUCAAGACAUCUCAGUCUCAUUCCUUAGAACACUGUACAUUGGGUGCUGGGUAAAAUAUAGCCAUUGCCCCAAAACAGACAUAGAGAACAGAGAACAGACAUUAGGCUAGACAUUCUUGGUUAAGGAGACAUGGGGAGGAAUCAGAUAGCCCCAAGAUGUCUCAUUCCUUAAAAAACGUACAUUGGGUGCUGAGUAAGACAUAGCCAUUGCCCCAGAACAGACAUAGAUCCACACAGAAAAUAGACGUAGGACUAGCCAUGGGUGGUUACAAGGAGGGAUAGUGAGUGAAUCUAAUGUCUGAAAGAUGUCUAUUUCUCAAUCUGUGCUGCAUUACGUAAAACCAUCACCCCAAACAGACAUAGAGAACAUACAUUAGACUAGCCAUGGGUGAUUACAAGGAGGAAUAGUGAGUAAAUCUGAUGUCUAAAAGAUGUCUAAUUCUCAUUCCAUGCUGUGUUACGUCAAGCCAUUGCCCCAAAACAGACAUAGAUAACAGAGAACAGACAUUAGACUAGCCAUGGAUGGUUACGAGGAGGAAUAGGGAGUUAAUCUAAUGUCUAAAAGAUGUGUAAUUCUCAUUCCGUGCUGUGUUACGUAAAGCCAUUGCCCCAAAACAGACAUAGAUAACAGAGAACAGACAUAAGGCUAGCCAUGGGUGGUUAGGAGGAGGAAUAGGGAGUUAAUCUAAUGUCUAAAAGAUGUCUAAUUCUCA